GAGCGGAGAUACCACGGCCAUGUAAUUAUUGCAUUGUUGCUGCCUCGAUUCUUUGGAACACUCUCCAUUUCCGCAUUCGAUGUGCAUUGUUUGAGUGAAAUUUCCCUCUACUAACCCCUAAACCCUAAUUGAGAACUUUGGUGUGGUGUGGCGUGGCGUGUUGGUUGAAUUGAGUGAAGAAAUAGCAUUAUGGUGAAAGCAUAUAGACAAGAAUAUGUAUACAAACACCCAUGGGAACGGGUAACUUGUGCAUCUUGGCGCAAGUUUGCUGACCCUGAGAACAAGCGCAUAUUAUCCCAUAUUCUUGAUGUUGACACAUUGAACCAUAGCCUCGAUCCUUCAUCAGGAAGGCUUUACACAACCCGCGCCGUCACGGUCCAUUGCCCUGGACCAUGGUUUGUACGCAGGAUUGUUGGUCAGGAUAUUUGCCACUGUGUGGAAUCAACUGUAGUGGAUGCAGGGUCACGCUCCAUGCAACUAACUUCCCGAAAUAUCAGCCUCCAGAAGUUCAUAGAAGUGGAAGAGAAGAUCCAGUAUGAUCCGCAUCCGGAUAACCCGACCGGAUGGACAAUUUGUCAGCAGGAGACUAGCAUUCGGAUUAAGCCGUUGUCAGCUCUGGCAUCCAUGGCUGAAAAGGUGGAGCAGCGGUGUGCUGAUAGGUUCCUUCAGAAUAGUGUCAAGGGUAGGGAGGUUAUGGAGAGGAUUUGUAAGUAUCUUGAAGCAGAAGCUAGUAGCCUUGCCAUGUGAUUCUGUCUCCCUCGUUUCAGUUUUAGGUUCUUGUAGUUUAACUUUUUAUAUGUAUAAAAUAACUGAUAAAACACUGCAACAUCAAGUCAUGGAAGGUGUAGCUUGCGGUUCUUCCCUUAAUCAAAAGAAGACUGUUGGAUCUUCACCAAAUUUUGAUAUGGCAAAAUAAUUUUUCAAAUUUAUGUAAUACUGCUUAAAACAGUAUCUUGAAUCUCUUUUUAUUUGAAUCUUGAUCUGGCCUUGAGAGUGACUUUGGCACAUAACUUUGUUGUUCGUGUUUGCCACCAUUCUUCGUCUUCUAAAACAUGAGUGAUUACAAGCCUUUAUUAUUUUAAGAAUUUAUCUUGAGGUUCAAGUGUUUAUCCACGGAUUAUCAGGUAAGCCUAAGUGAUGACUGGGUUGAUCUUGUUUUUUACGU